CCGCUCGGCGACCCACGCGCGCGGCGCUUCCUCCGCCCUGGCUCGGGGCGGGGAGUCAGUGCCGAAGCUAUAGUCGGGCGGCUCCGGCCGACCCUGCCAGAGAGCAGUCGAGCGGCCAUGGAGCUCUGCAGGCUGCGGCUGCCGAGGCUGCACGGGCUGCUGGCGCUGUUCGCGGCGCUGGCGCUGCGCGCUUCCGCCACGCCGGGCCCGGCCCUGUGGCCUAUGCCGCUCUCCGUACAGAUAUCCCCGAACGUGCUGCACCUCUCUCCGCAGAGCUUCUCCAUCACGCACGACCCCUCUUCCAAGGCCGGCGCCUCCUGCACCCCUCUACAGGAAGCGUUUCGGCGAUAUUAUGACUAUAUUUUUGGUUACUACAAGAAUCUUGAUCACCCUGCUGUGUUUUCUACUGAAAUGGAGUUGCAGCAACUUCUUGUCUCAGUCAUCCUGGAUUCAGAGUGUGACACCUUCCCCAGUAUCACUUCAGAUGAGUCCUAUUUUUUAUAUGUGAAAGGACCAGUGGCUUUCCUCAAGGCCAACAGAGUUUGGGGGGCAUUACGAGGUUUAGAGACUUUUAGUCAACUAAUUUACCAAGAUCUUUAUGGAACUUUCACCAUCAAUGAAUCCAACAUUACUGAUUCUCCAAGGUUUUCUCAUAGAGGAAUUUUAAUUGACACAGCCAGACACUUUCUAUCAGUUAAGACUAUUCUUAAAACUCUGGAUGCCAUGGCUUUUAAUAAGUUUAAUGUUCUUCACUGGCACAUAGUUGAUGACCAGUCCUUUCCUUAUCAGAGCAUCAUUUUUCCUGGGCUAAGCAAUCAAGGGAGCUAUUCUUUGUCUCAUGUUUAUACACCAAAUGAUGUCAGUACAGUGAUUGAAUAUGCCCGAUUACGAGGGAUUCGGGUCAUACCAGAAUUUGAUACCCCUGGACAUUCACAGUCUUGGGGAAAAGGUCAGAAAGACCUCCUGACUCCAUGUUAUAGUCAACAUGUGCCGACUGGGACCUUUGGACCUAUAAACCCUAUUCUCAAUUCAACUUACAGCUUUCUGUAUCAGUUUUUCAAAGAAAUUAGUAUGGUGUUUCCAGAUCAGUUCAUUCAUUUGGGAGGAGAUGAAGUGGAAUUUGAUUGUUGGAAGUCCAAUCCAGAUAUCCAAGAUUUCAUGAAGCAGAAAGGCUUUUACCAAGAUUUUUCAAAACUAGAAUCUUUCUAUAUUCAAAAGCUUUUGAAUAUUACCUCAACCACAGAAAAGGGAUCCAUAGUCUGGCAAGAGGUUUUUGAUGAUAAAGUGAAGCUCCCGGCGGGCACAAUAGUUCAAGUAUGGAAAGGGCAGAAGUAUCGUGAUGAACUACAUGAUGUCACAACAGCUGGCUUCCCUGUGCUCCUUUCUGCCCCUUGGUACUUAGAUUGGAUUAGUUAUGGACAAGACUGGAGAAAAUACUAUGAAGUGGAACCUCUUGAUUUUGAUGGUUCUCCAGAACAGAAAAAACUUGUCAUGGGUGGAGAAGCUUGUCUGUGGGGAGAAUAUGUGGAUUCAACUAACCUCACUCCGAGAUUAUGGCCUAGGGCAAGUGCAGUUGGUGAGAGAUUGUGGAGUCACAAAGAGGUCAGAAAUCUGGAUGAUGCCUACAAAAGACUCACAGGUCACCGCUGCAGAAUGGUCAGACGUGGAAUAGCUGCAGAACCUCUUUUUACUGGAUACUGUACUCAUGAGGCAAGAUGAGGCCAGAAUGUAAAAGUGAGCUGAAAUGAAGAAUAGGAGGGGGAAAAGCCCACAGCAAUCAACUUGCAUUUGAAAUCAUGUAAAUUAAGAUUUGGUAUACUGUUUUUAAAUAAAAUGUCUUUUUAAUGAUUGAA